UGUACACGGGGUAAUGACCCAGCUCCUUCCCCGGCUCUGUAUCCAUGGUGACAGGACUCCUCAGCAAGCAGCAGCAGACACUGGUUACAUAAACACGGAUAAAAAUAAGGAUUGGAGGCGUUUACAAGAUUGAAAAUCGAACGUGAGCAUGUAGAUCUUAAAUGGAGGCACCCAGAUCCGGAUACUGGGUUUCCGUUCGCAAAUUGGAUUCCAACUGUAGCGCUCUCUCCAAUCCCAAUGUCGAUCCUCCUGUCACAGGCCAACGCGUAUCGAGCAGGUGCUCUUCGUCAGGGCAGUGUGACAGCAGGAUUAAGAAACUGAACUAAAUACUAUGGAGAUUUCCUACUACAGUAUGUCCCGGAAGGAUGGAAGUAUCCAGGUGCCAAGGGGCACUGGUUUCUGGUCCAAUGCAAAGCCAGUCCAUUACAGUAAAGAGACUCAAGAUCUACUGAAAGUGAUGAUGCAGGAAUCCAAGCUGACAAACUUCCAGCGGCGUCAGAUCGGAGAAAGAUUACUAAGUGGGGAGGCACUGCCGAUCCAAUGCCACCCCAGUUCCAGCAUUACCCAACACAACCCUCCAGUCUCUGUCAUUCAGCCGAUAAAAACAUCCAUUGCAAGUGCCAGGCCCACCUUGCGUCCUGAGAAGAGAUGUAAAGCUGGAGAUGCAUACAUCAGGGAGAAGUUCCAACCUCAAGCAACCCGAGACCUGAACAAAGAGAAGAUCAGAUUACAGAACAUUAUGGCUACAGGGAAGGAGCAGCCGGAACCACGUCGCUUACCACCACAAACAGAAGACAUGGAGCAGGAGGAGAGAGAUAGAUUCGAUGAGUUGGUAGCAGAAAUUCAGGAGAGAUGGGAUUUCCUAGAGGAAAUGGAAGCACUCGGGCAAGGAAAACAAUAUCACAGCAUCAUCAAUACUGAGAUUUCGCAGAAGCGGAGAGAGAUGGAAAUCAUUGAUAAGCAGAGAAGCUCAGAGCUUAAGGAAGCACUUCAAAAGUCUGGAAACAAAGCCGAUAAACUCUCAUGAUGAAAGAUACAGUGAUGCUGAUUAAUGAAAAAAACAACUUACUGCCCCUCACCCCUGUGGGUGUGGUAUAACUCCUAGUUAAAAGAUAGACAGUCAUUAGUUAGACACUAUAUGGUCGACAGUCAAAUGUCAGACAAGGUCAAAAGUCAGACAGGGUCAUAAUUCAGACACAAAAAAAAAUAUUUUUUGUGUGUGUUUUUAUAAAUUUUUAACCCAAAUUUGGUGAAAUCCGGCCGCUCGCCACCGUCUGACUUUUGACCCUGUCUGACUUUUGACUGUCGACCAUAUAGUGUCUAACUAAUGACUGUCUAUCUUAACGGUCUGUCUAUAGACAGGAACCCCACCCCUGUCUACAAAUUGCAAUCAAGCUGGGAAUGUACAAGCAGUUCCCCAGGGGUCACAGAGAGAAUAGUUUUGGUGCAAGCCGUUUUCACACUGCUGCAUCGGAUCUGUCCUGUUCUGCUGGAUUUCCCACUGUAGUUAUUCUCUGAUCACAAAAGGUAUAUGCUAAAACAGUGGUACAAAAUGUGGAAAUGAUACCAUUAAAUAAUUAAAUUAAAUACUCUGAAUUAAAUACUCUGCUCCCAAGCUGUGAGACCCAGAGAAACAGUGUCAUUUCUCUUUGUUUUCUAGACACUCCGUUUCCUUUUGACUGUGAAUAUUAGAAUUGCUGUUAUUUAUUAUGCAUCAAUUGAAACUUUCAGGCAGUUGGACAAAUGCCGGUUUGCAGUGCCUAUCUUGAUUGUUGCUUUCCGACUGUAUGCACAGAAACCAAAAGCACACACGUUCUCAUGUAGGCAAAGCUCAGUGAGGGUGUGUCAGCGGAAUUGUGAGAUAUCAGAGUUGGACAGUGGCAGAAACACAUCUGUCUUGUGGUAAUGCACCACAGAGAGGAGUACAACCCUGCAUUUGGGCAAAUAUAUGCAGGAACAAUUACAGCAGACCUAUGUUAAAAUCCGCAUUAGGACCAUAUGUACCUUUCAGAUAUGUGCGACUGAUUUUUAUAGAAUUAUUUUUGCCUCCAUAAUUUCCUUUGUAAUAAACAGUCCCUAAAUAAUGA